CUUUUGCCUUAUCCUUCCCUUUUGUUUUAAGGUUCUCACGUGAAGCCAUCACAUAAAUCUCUCCCAAACUCUCUGAACUUGUCAUUUGGUACAAUUCACCAUACAAAAGCUAUGAUUUCGGUUAAGAAGAGGCAAGUUUCUGUUCAAGCUGCAUACAGGGAUGAAGGAACAAGUAGUGCUGGCGUCUUCAUUGGGGGCUUUGUUUUGGGAGGAAUAAUUGUUGGAACUCUUGGUUGUGUAUUUGCACCUCAGAUUAGCAAGGUUCUUGCUGGAACUGACCGGAAGGAUUUGAUGAGGAGGUUACCAAAAUUUAUUUAUGAUGAAGAGAAGGCAUUGGAGAAAACUCGCAAGAUAUUGACAGAGAAGAUUGCUCAGCUGAACUCAGCCAUUGAUGAUGUCUCAUCACAGCUUCGAGCUGAUGAUGAUCCAAAUGGAGCUGUUGUGGCAUCAGAUGAAAUUGAAGCUUCAGUUUGAUUACAACUUGGUUGGUAACAUAUUUUAGCCAUUUCCAGAUUUUUACAAGGCAUGAAAAUUGUAGUGUUAAUAAUGUGUUAACUGAUGAUAUUAAAGAUGAACCAUAUGGAAUACAUGAGAAUUUGAAACAAAUGAUAUUAUUUGUAUUGCAUGUUUUAUUAUUUCAUGAAAUGUUAUGAUGGAAUGAGAACACCAAAGUGGAUAUGGGAGGAUCAUUGAUCUA